CUUCCAACGAAAGACCUGAUAACUUCCAUGACUGGCUAUUUUAUUGACGGUGUGCUAUCUGGAUUUAGCCAACAGUAUGAACCAAAAACUGAAUAUAAAUUGAACAUAUCAAGGAUAAAGGCUGGCUAGUAGAUAUGCCGUAUUUUGUCUUGUACCUCAAAUUUUCAGACUAGUUUCAGAAAAUUCCAAUAGAGAAGUGCCAAUUUUUACUACUAUUGUUAGCUGGUUGUUUCUUAUAAGUUUAGUUCUCUUCACCAAAUGAUUAUAAAAAUCAAGAUUAUUGUGUUUAAGAAAUUGAGGACUCUUUUUCACUUAGCUUGGUUUGUUCCGAAAAUUUAUCAGCAUUCUACCUACCCUGUUUCCAUAGUAUCCAUCAACUUGCUAACAUUAUCUUGAAAACAGUAUUCUUCUGUCUAUAAGCUUUGGCAUAGUUCUCUGCAAUGCCUGAGAAAUUCAGAGAGCUGCCAAGUUCCAAUAUGGCUUCAAAUCGUUCCGAUUGUUCAUCGAAAGAGAGACUGAAAUGGACACAAGAGCUUCAUGAUCUAUUUGAGAAGGCAGUUAGUCAGCUUGGAGGUCCAGAAAGAGCAACACCAAAAGGAAUUUUGAAAGUUAUGGGGAUUCCUGGUCUGACAAUCUUCCAUGUGAAAAGCCACCUACAGAAAUACCGUAUGUCAAAAUUUGUCCGCGAAGAUCCUGCUAUUGGCAAGUCCGAAAGGAAAAGCAUAUCUGAAAUUUUGCCAAACUUCAGCGCUACAGCGGGAGCUCAGCUUAAUGAAGCAUUACAAAUGCAUAUGGAUGCACACAAACGAUUAAAUGAUCAUCUUGAGAUUCAAAGGAACUUGAAGAUAAAACUUGAAGCACAAGGAAGGUUUCUAGACCGAAUAAUGGAAGAACAAAAAGCUCGUGCUUCGGGUUCUAGGCCAAGCCUAAAGUCCUAUUCGUAUUCACCCUUGUCAUUACCAUCUCUAUGCGAGGAAUCUGAAUCAAACAUUAAAGAACUGGAGGUUGGAUAUGAUACCGAGAUUGAUAGAUUUUGUUGUCAAGCACGAAAAAGGACUCGAUUUGAGGACGACGCUGCAUUAUUAAAUCGUCGAUACAAUAGUACUAAUCUUACAUAUUCACCAUAUGAAGAAUUACAAUCGAGUACUCUUGCAACUUACGAGUCACCACUUUUGCAAUAUGCUUUAUUUGAUUCUCUUUUAUAGCCUUAAAUAAUUAUGUUUGUGAAUUUAAAGAGUAUUAGACAUGGGUUAAUAUAUGUGAGUGAAGAAAAAAUGUGUUAGCUAAGGUCAAAUAUGAACGUACUUACAAUAAAACCACAUAUUGUGUGAUAUGUUAUUUAUGUUAUCUUGAUAAUCAACCACAAUCAACAUCAGCUGUACUGUGCUUAGUCUUCACGAUGGUGUAUACUUUUUAUCUCAUACCGAUUUAAUGAUAGAAGAGUGAGGAUCUUUUUUAAGAA